AUGAAGUUUGGUGAACAUCUUAGAAACGCUUUAAUUAAGAAUUAUAGUUUCUACUAUAUUGCAUACGAUGAAUUGAAACAUCAGUUGAAAAGUAAUUUGAAAAAUAAUGAUUUCAAGUGGACCAAUGACUUUGAAGAAGAAUUCUUAGCGGCACUUGAAGUUGAGUUAGAUAAGGUUUACUCUUUUACCAAGGUCAAGAACACAGAAGUUAAUAGAAGGAUCAAGGAGCUGGAAAAGUAUGUGUAUGAGGUUGUAGAAGCAUUGCAGAAUGCCCAAAAUCCAAAUCAACCUCAAGAGCAAGAUUUCGAGGAUUUGGAAAGCGAAUUGUCUGAUAUCAUUGCAGAUGUACACGAUUUAGCUAAGUUUACCAGAUUAAACUACACUGGAUUUCAAAAAAUCUUGAAAAAACAUGAUAAGACCACCAAAUUCACGUUGAGACCAAUUUUCCAAGUUAGAUUAAACGCUAAACCAUUUUACAAGGAUAAUUAUGAUAAUUUGAUUGUUAAGUUAUCCAAGUUGUACGACUUAGUGAGAACAAGGGGAAACCCAGUAAAGGGUGAUUCAUCUGCUGGGGGCAGCCAACAAAACUUCGUGAGACAAACCACAAAGUAUUGGGUUCACCCAGAUAAUAUCACUGAAUUGAAGUUAGUCAUUUUAAAGCAUUUACCUGUCUUAGUCUUUAACGCCGACAAGGAAUUCGAACCUGAAGACAGUGCCAUUACUUCCAUCUACUUCGAUAACAAAAAUAUGGAUUUGUAUUAUGGUAGAUUAAGAAAAGACGAAGGUGCAGAAGCUAUCAGAUUGAGAUGGUAUGGGGGUAUGAAAUCGGAGCAAAUUUUCGUUGAAAGAAAAACUCACAGAGAAGAUUGGACCGGUGAAAAAUCUGUCAAGGCCAGAUUUGUAUUAAAGGAGAAGAAAGUGAAUGAAUUCUUAAAGGGUAAGUUGACUGCCUCUCAGGCUUUUGAAAAAAUGAGAAAGGACGGAAAGAAGUCGACUAAGGAGAUAGACAACUUAGAGAACUUGGCGAAAGAAGUUCAAUAUCGGGUUAUAAAAGACAAAAUGAGACCAGUUAUGAGGUCAUUUUAUAAUAGAACUGCUUUCCAAUUACCAGGUGAUGCCAGAGUUCGUAUUUCUUUAGAUACUGAAUUAUCAAUGGUCAGAGAAGAUAAUUUUGAUGGCCAUGAUAGAACUAACGGCAACUGGAGAAGGACUGAUAUCGGUGUUGAUUAUCCAUUCCCACAAUUACAAGAGAAGGAUAUUUGCCGUUUCCCUUAUGCAGUUUUGGAAGUGAAAUUGCAAACUCAAUUGGGUCAAGAACCACCUGCUUGGGUUAAAGAUUUAGUCACAAGUCACCUUGUAGAAGCCGUACCUAAAUUCUCCAAGUUUAUCCAUGGGGGUGCGUCAUUAUUACCUGACUAUGUGAAUUUGUUACCAUUUUGGUUGCCACAAAUGGAUGUUGAUAUACGAAAGCCAAAGAUACAAGAAUUUGGUAUUAAUAGACAAAAUCAACAGAGAGCUAAGUCUUCAUCUUCAGGAGGUGAAUUGGAUGAAGAAGAAUUAUUAGUUAAUGAUGGGUUUUCACCUAGUUAUGGUGCGGUCCAUUUUUCUAAUGAUAUUAACCCGUUAGAAGAAGAUUUGGAUGAAUCUACUCCAUUACUUUUACCUUCGAGUUACGCUUUGAGAGAAUCUGAAAGCCCAGUCAUGAAUUUCUUGACGGACAUGUAUGGUAAAUUUUUGCAUUAUUUUAAUGAUGAUAGAUCGUUCACAGUUAAACCAGGCACUAAUUUCGAUUUAAAUAAGACUUUUGCCGAUAAAAUUCCAAAAGAUAAGAAGAUAGCAAUUCCAAUAAGAAUUGAACCAAAGGUUUAUUUUGCGACUGAAAGAACCUAUUUGCAUUGGUUAUCUAUUGGUAUGAUUUUGGGAGCCACUGCUAUGGCCUUACUUAAUUAUGGUAGAAAGAGUUCUUUAACUGCAUCAAUCGGUUUCUUCAUUAGUGCCUUAUUUGUUUUAUCCUAUUCCACUUACAAAUAUGUUUGGAGAGUUCUUAUGAUUAGAGAAAAGAAACCGGUCGAUUAUGCUGAUAAAUUUGGGCCUAAUAUGAUUUGUGGUUUAAUUGCAGCUGCUACCUUUACAACUUUUGUUUUCAAGUUCUUUGAAACUUGA